AUGGGCCGUGGUAAGUUAAUAUUGAUAGAAGGCUUGGAUAGAACUGGUAAGACUACACAAUGCAAUAUCUUGUACCAAAAAUUGUUACCGGAUUGUAAAUUAUUAAAGUUCCCCGAAAGAUCGACUCGAAUUGGAGGACUCAUAGACCAAUAUUUGACGGACGAUAGUUUCCGGUUAUCAGACCAAGCCAUUCACCUUCUUUUUUCGGCAAACAGGUGGGAAAUGAUUGAUAGCAUGAAAGAAGCAUUGCUGGAGGGGAAGAAUAUCAUCAUGGAUAGAUAUGUUUACUCCGGAGUAGCAUAUUCCGCUGCCAAGGGUACGAACGGGAUGGACCUAAAUUGGUGUUUACAGCCGGACAUAGGACUACUCAAACCAGAUCUGACAUUGUUUCUGAGCAUUCAAGACGUUGCUAGUAACGCAGUAAAGGAUGGAUUUGGAGAAGAAAGGUAUGAAACUUUAAAGUUCCAAAAAAAAGUGAAACAGACGUUCGUAACACUAUUAGAAAACGAGAUAAAGAAAGGUGAUGAGUCGAUCAAGAUUAUCGACGUCAGCGGUAAGGAUAUCCAAGAAGUGGAAGCGCUAAUUUGGGAAAUAGUAGAGCCCACGUUGACUACGGAAAUAGAUCAUGAUAAUUUUUCAUUUUUUCAACAUAAAUAG